UUACACAAGUGACUGCAGCCUUCUUUAAAUUUUACGGCAAAUUAAAAUUCUCCAGUUUUGCUUUUGUGACGUUUAGGUAAUUCCCUAAUAAAGUUGGCUGAUUUUGUCGAAUUCUCUUGAAGUCUCUCUUUAACCAUCUGAUUGUGAGUUGCUUGAUCCGUGGAUCUCAUUACUGAACAGCUCCCAGAAUGCCAGUGGCAACUACAGCCAAAUAUUCCGCAGGGAAACCGAAGAAGCCAGCUGCUGGCGGUUCAGUCAAUCCCAUCACCACGGUCGCCGUCAAGCCGGAGAAACUGUUCCAAGUGGCGUAUCUGCCCCCCUUAAACCGUCCCGACCUGCCUAAUCCUGUGGGAUACAAUCCCAAUUUCUCCUCCUCAUCCGAAUCUCAGUCCAAAGGUAUCGAUCCGGAAUUAAUUGUCAAGCGAUCCUGGGAUAUCGCGUUGGCGCCCAUCAAACAAGUGCCGAUGAAUCUGUUCAUCAUGUGGAUGUCAGGCAAUGCCAUCUCCAUCUUUCCCAUUAUGAUGGUGGUGAUGAUGUUCUUCAAACCGGUGAAAGCGAUUAUUUCUGCGCAGUCGACAUUCAAGCAAAUCGAGGGGCGGAACUCGUUCCUUCAGAAACUCGUGUACGUCUUGGGGAAUAUCGUGGCACUGGGAUUGGCUGUGUAUAAAUGCAACUCCAUGGGACUGCUGCCGACGCAACCGUCUGACUGGCUGUCUUUCGAAAAACCCUUGGAGAGAGUGGAAUAUUUGGCUGGAGGGAAUAUGUAACACUCAGACAAGAGACAUAUUAACUAAAUUGAUGACAUAAUUACAGUCAGUUUGAAAUUAUCGCUCCCAUUAUCGCUGAUUUUACUGUCUGAACUUCGUCAAGUGAAAGUUGAAUCGUGUGUGCGUAUGAAGAGACUGCAAACUCUCAAGUAUACGCGUCUCUUUCAUACGCGCUACGUCUGUACCGAGAUUUUUAAAAAUAUUUAUUUCGUUGUUGA